AUGACCCGACCGGCGCCCAAACCCGUGUCGCCGUUCGCCAAGUUCCGUCAGCUCGAGAAACAAAACUCUACUAAUUCCCCCAACUCGCCCAAGAGUCCGCAGAGCCCGGGCUCUCCGUCGCAGCCUUACUUCAAGUUCACGGACCCCGCGCUGCAAGCCAGCGCCGUCACUAUUAAAGAACGUUUGCUGCAGUGGUGUCGCGACAAGACCCGGGAUUACGAGGUACCGCUCACUCCGCACAGCCCCCCAAGCCCCCGACCCUCACACCCCGGCCUUCCAUACCCUCCAGUCCGUCACUCUCGGCGGUCAUACCCGCUGGGUGAGAGGUCACGACCCAGCCGGGGGGCUUGCGGCUCUUCAGAGUACAUUCACGUCCAGGAGCCUACUCCUCACACGACGCUCACACCACGCAGACGCCCUCGCCACUCAUACACUCCACGCUUAUUUGACGCUUGCUAUACUCUGUAUAUAUGCUCGAAUAUAUUAUAUAAUGUGAAGCUGGAGAACUUCUCGUCGAGCUGGUCGGACGGGCUGGCCUUCUGCGCGCUGCUGCAUCACUUCUUGCCGGACGCCUUCGACUACUCCUCGCUCUCCCCCGACUCCCGCAGACACAACUUCACGCUCGCCUUCAAAAUUGCAGAUGAGAAGGCGGGCAUCUACCCUCUCCUGGACGUGGAUGACAUGGUCGCCAUGCGGAAGCCGGACUGGAAGUGCGUGUUCACGUACGUGCAGUCCAUCUACCGCCGGUUCAAGGACGAGCGCUGA